AUGAAUACAAAAAGAAGACACCUUGGGUCUGAAGAAAGUUUUUUAGGUGUUGAUAUUGAUCAAUCCUUUGCUAAUGAUGUCCAUCUUGCAGGUGACAACAGCACAAAAUGUAAUUUAACAGAAUAUAUUUGGAACAAAAGAAAUUUAUUUAAAGAUAAAACUAUUCUGGAAUUAGGUUCAGGGACUUCAUUACCAGGUUACUUGUGUGCUUUAUUAUCAUCCGAAUCAUUGAUAAUACUAACGGAUGAUGGUAGAUCUAAUAAAUCAAAAAUUUUACAAAAUAUUUCUGAUGGAUUAAUAUUAAAUGAUCUAUCACCUUGCUUUCGUUAUUCUUCUCCAACCAUAAUGAGAGAAAAAACUCGAUUGAUUUCACAUAAGGCUAAUAAUAAUAAUGUUUGGAUAAGAGAUUUAAUUUGGGGUGGAAAAGAUGGUGGCCUAUUAAAUAUAUUAAACGACUUGGAGACUUGUAACAAAAAAAUAGAUUGGAUAUUAGGAAGUGAUACAUUUUAUGAUCCAAAAGAUAAAUGGAACUUGGAAGCAAAAUUAAUUCCACUUAAAUCAUUUGACUUUAAUUUUGAAAAAUACACCGUUGAUAUUCCAAUGGAAACUGUAGUAGAAGAUGAAAUAGGAGGAAAAGACCAUAUUAGGUCAUUGCAAAGUAUAUUUUUAAUUGAAAUCAAUAAUAAAAAACAGUCAAAAAACAAUAAAAAAUGA